CAUAGGCGUGGCUUACCAGCGUGCUGACAUCACUAACGGUAUAAGAACAAGGACGUUCAAUUUGCGUGUGACCGACGUUCGUUGUUUUGGAUUCGACGAGAUACCUAAACAAAAAGCCACCGCUUCAUUAGAGUGCCAUGGCACGUACAAAACAGACCGCCCGUAAAUCCACCGGUGGCAAAGCCCCCAGGAAACAACUGGCCACAAAGGCGGCCAGGAAGAGUGCGCCCUCAACUGGUGGAGUCAAGAAGCCCCACAGAUACCGUCCUGGAACUGUAGCUCUUCGUGAGAUCCGUCGGUACCAGAAGUCCACGGAGUUGCUGAUCCGCAAGCUUCCAUUCCAGCGUCUGGUUCGUGAGAUCGCUCAGGACUUCAAAACUGACUUGCGUUUUCAGAGCGCAGCCAUUGGUGCCUUGCAGGAGGCAAGUGAAGCAUACCUGGUCGGUCUGUUUGAGGACACCAACUUGUGUGCCAUCCAUGCCAAACGUGUCACCAUCAUGCCCAAAGACAUCCAGCUGGCCCGUCGAAUCCGUGGAGAGCGUGCUUAAAUUCUUAUUACUCUACUUUUUUUGUGUGGGGGAAUAUAUGGGGGAGAGGUUUGAUGCGUGGGUGGGUUGGGAGGGAGGGGCAUUAAGGUUCUUACACUCUCGACUAUAAAUGCCUGUGUAGUUAAGUUUAUUUUUUGUAUUUUUAUUUUUUUGGUAGUUGCGGUAGGGGAGGGGUGUUUUGUGGUUAGCUAAUAGUAUGGGGGGGGGCAGCGUCAGAACAUUCCGGGAGCUCCUCAGGGUUUUAAAGUUUGUAUUUUAGACUUUCAUAUACCUCUGCCUAGUCUGCAUGCUUCAUGAUGAAUUAGAAUUGGGGUUUUUUUUUUUUUUUUUUCUAUCAUUAUAUUGGGUUUUUUCCUUUUUCUGUUGUGGCCAUUUGGUUGUAAAUAAAACUUUCCACUACCUCAA